GUCAGGAUAUGGCUGAGCAGGACGUGGAAAAUGAGUUGCUGGACUAUGAAGAGGACGAAGAGCCUCAGGCAGUGACUGACGCAACCCCCGUCCCUGCCAAAAAGGAUGUGAAGGGCUCCUAUGUCUCCAUCCACAGCUCUGGUUUCCGAGACUUCCUUCUGAAGCCAGAGCUGCUCCGUGCCAUUGUGGACUACGGUUUUGAGCAUCCGUCAGAAGUGCAGCAUGAAUGCAUUCCACAGGCUAUCCUGGGCAUGGACGUGUUAUGCCAAGCCAAGUCGGGCAUGGGCAAAACGGCUGUCUUCGUACUGGCCACCCUGCAGCAAAUCGAGCCGUUAGACGGGCAGGUGUCAGUGUUGGUGAUGUGCCACACCCGGGAGCUGGCCUUUCAGAUCAGCAAGGAGUAUGAGCGCUUUUCCAAGUAUAUGUCUUCUGUCAAGGUAUCUGUCUUCUUUGGGGGCCUUUCCAUCAAGAAAGAUGAAGAGGUGUUGAAGAAGAACUGCCCACAUAUCGUGGUGGGGACCCCAGGCCGUAUUCUAGCCCUGGUACGCAACAAGACCCUCAACCUGCGCAACGUCAAGCAUUUUGUACUGGAUGAGUGUGACAAGAUGCUGGAGCAACUGGACAUGCGUCGUGAUGUGCAGGAGAUCUUUCGACUGACACCCCAUGAGAAGCAGUGCAUGAUGUUCAGUGCCACCUUGAGCAAGGAGAUCCGGCCUGUCUGCAAGAAGUUCAUGCAGGAUCCCAUGGAGGUGUUUGUGGACGACGAGACCAAGCUGACUCUGCAUGGCUUGCAGCAGUACUAUGUCAAGCUGAAGGACACGGAGAAAAACCGCAAGCUCUUUGACCUGUUGGAUGUGUUGGAGUUCAACCAGGUUGUGAUAUUUGUGAAAUCGGUGCAACGCUGCAUGGCGUUAGCCCAGCUCCUGGUUGAGCAGAACUUCCCUGCCAUUGCCAUUCACAGGGGCAUGUCUCAGGAAGAGAGGCUCUCACGGUACCAGCAAUUCAAGGACUUCCAGCGUCGAAUCCUGGUUGCCACUAAUCUUUUUGGCCGCGGAAUGGAUAUUGAGCGGGUCAACAUUGUCUUCAAUUACGACAUGCCUGAGGAUUCUGAUACCUACCUGCACAGGGUGGCCCGAGCUGGGCGCUUUGGCACAAAAGGCUUGGCUGUUACCUUUGUGUCUGAUGAAGGUGAUGCCAAAAUCCUCAACGACGUUCAGGAUCGCUUUGAGGUGAAUGUGGCUGAGCUCCCUGAAGAGAUAGACAUCUCCUCGUAUAUUGAGCAAAGCCGGUAGCGUGGUCUCACGGAUCCUCCCUGACUCAUGCAGUGUGGAAGCUGAGAGAAGCACCCCC